AUGCAAUUGUACGUGCUUUUAAUACGUUUUGUUUUCAUACUUGAAUUUGUAAUACCUAAUCCAAUUAACAAAGAUUCAUUGAAGUACCAGAAUAUACAUCCAAUCGAAGAGACUCCCGAUGACACUGUUGCAAUAAAAACAGCCAAAGAUGCUUUCAAAUUUCUUACUAAUUUCGGCUAUAAUCCAUGUGAAAAUCCUACAAAUUCCAAAUCAGAUAAUUCUGCAAGUUUAUCCUGUCAUUUGAGUAUGGAAGCUAUGCUGGAAAGCUUUCAACAAAAGAAUCGUCUUCCUGUAACAAAGAAACUUGAUGUUCAUACAUUGAAGUUAAUGAACACGCCAAGGUGUGGUGUACCCGAUUCUCUAGCGGAAAUGACCGACCGCAGUAGCCUCUGGCCAAAAAGUCGCACAUUGACGUGGAAAUUGAUAGGAAAUAGUUCACACGUUAAUGAAGUGGCAACUCAAAAAGUGAUUCGACAGGUAUUUACUGACUGGGCUGAUUACAGUGGACUAACUUUCUACGAAGCAAAAGAAAACGAAAGAGCUGACUUUAAUUUGGCUUUUGUCAGUGGUGAUCACAGUGAUGGAUAUCCCUUUAAUGAGCCUACUUCAGUGCUAGCUCAUGCUUUCUAUCCAUCGGAUCCAAAGUCCCGUGGAAAUGUUCACUUCAAUUCAGCGAAAAAGUGGUCAAACACAUAUGAUGGUUUCGGCUACAACAUACGUGUGACUGCUACGCAUGAGAUUGGACAUAGUCUUGGUCUUCCACAUUCAGACGAGUCUGACUCAAUAAUGUACCCAACAUAUCAAAUAAUUCAGCCCGAACAAUUAUUGUCCGAGAAGGAUAGACAACGAAUUCGUACGCUCUAUCAAAACGAUGCGACCUCAACAGAUACUGAAGCUGAUGAAGACGCAAAGGAUAGUGAUCCGAGUAUCGUCGAAGUAAUUUACUAUCCAGAUGGAAGUCGAUAUGAAGGAGCUCUGGAAGAUAAUAAGCGUCAUGGUAAAGGUAGCUUCUAUCGGGCGAACGGUGAAAAAUAUAUCGGCACUUGGAUGGAUGACGAAAUUAAUGGACAAGGUGUAUAUACAUGGCCAAGUGGUACUCGAUACGAAGGAAACUGGAAAGAUGGAAAGCAAUAUGGUAAUGGUACGCUACAUGCAAGUGAUGGGAGAAUAUAUGUAGGUCUCUGGAUCAACGGUACGAUGGAUGGAUAUGGAAUAUGCACAUGGUCAAAUCGAGAUCGCUACGAGGGAUAUUGGAAAAACAGCAAAAGGAACGGUUAUGGUAUGCAUUAUUUUAGUGAUGGCAGAAAGUAUACUGGCAAUUGGGUCAAUGGUAUGAUGAAUGGGCAUGGAAUAUACACAUGGCCAAACCGUGAUCGAUAUGAAGGAGAUUGGGAAAAUAGAAGAAGGCAUGGGUAUGGUACUAUGGAGUUUUCGGAUGGUAGAAAAUACGUUGGUUAUUGGUGCAACAACACGAUGAAUGGGCAUGGAACUUAUACCUGGCCCAAUCGUGAUCGAUACGAUGGACAUUGGAAAAACAAUAGAAGAGAUGGGUAUGGUAUUAUGGAUUUCGCGGAUGGAAGAAAAUAUAUGGGCAACUGGUUUAACGACACGAUGAAUGGACAAGGGAGUUGCACCUGGCCAAAUGGUGACCGGUAUGAUGGAUAUUGGAAAGAUGGCAGAAAGGAUGGCCAAGGUACAUACUAUUUUUAUGAUGGCAGAACAAGCAAUGGCAUCUGGAUUGACGAUAUAAUUCAAGAACCUGAAGCAAUUACCACACCAAGUAGCAACCAUGAGAAAGAGCAUACAACAGAAGCUAUUCCACAGGAUCAAAGUACAUUUCUUUUAGCCAACGGAGCAGAACAAGAUUACACACGUACUAGCGAGAAUGAAAAAUUUGAAGAAGCUCCUCGCAGGUCGAUUUGGUCUCGAUUUAAGAAAUUAGUUGAAAAAGCAAUCUUAUCCUGA